AUGGCUGCUUCGGUGCUUCCUCCAAGCUGCGUUCGAGUUCUCUUCUGUCUUCUCUGCGUUCUUCAGUGUGAUCGUUCAGAGGCCAGAGAGAGAGAAGUCAAGGUUCGGUUCAACCAAUCAGUUUCUGGCCGGUUCGACAGUUCAAUUGCGGUUUUUGAAAUUGGGGUAACCAAAACGCGCAGCACCUUCUUGGCCUCUCCUCUCUCACAGUCUCACUCAGCCACUCUCCUCCUUCCUCUCAUCGAGCUCCUCCUCACUCCCUCACUUCUCUCUCUCUGGCCUCUGAACGAACACACUGAAGAACGCAGAGAAGACAGAAGAGAACUCGAACGCAGCUUGGAGGAAGCACUUAAGCAGCCAUCUCUCGUCACCGUUCCUCAACAUCCAGCCACCGCCGCUGCUACAGCUUCGGCAAGACGUCGCCCUUGUUCGCCGCCGAUCUGCCUCCUUUUUGGCCAACUUCUGCGUCUGUUUUUUGGCCAACCCUUGUUCGAGCUGCGUAGCCCUCUGUUCAGUCCUCUACGCCGCGUGUUCGAGCCUCUGUUCAGCCUCUGUUCUGCGGCCUUUCAGCCACUGUUCCGCCAUUGUCUGCCUCCAUUCAGCCAUCUCCGUCGCGAUUUAAAGCUUCUCCCUUUCCCUGUACUGCUUGAAUUUCAGAACUGCUCCAUCCUAAGGAAUUUUGGAAGCAGAUUCCUCCAAAUGAGCCAUAUCUUGUUAUUCUUGGUGAUGUGAGGGACAAACUAUACAAUACACGCGAACGUGCUCGCCAGUUAUUAGCCAAUGGAACCUUUGACAUCCCCGAAGAGACAACCUUCACAAAUGGU